AGUUGGUAAUUUUUUUAUGUUUGUUUGAUUUGUCAAUUCAUGUAUGCCGUAUAUAAAGAGUUCCAUAUACUAUAUUAUCUUCAUCCCAAAUUCAUAAUAUGGCUUCCAAACCAGGAAUCCUUACAAACUGGCCUUGGAAACCUCUUGGGAGUUUCAAGUUCGUGAUUCUAAUCCCAUGGAUUGGCCACAGCAUAUACUCUUUCAUAUGGGUUGAAAGGGACCCAAUACAAUAUCUCAUAUGUCCUUUUAUAUUGGUCAGAAUGCUACACAAUCAGAUUUGGAUUUCUAUCUCACGAUAUGAAACUGCUAGAGGCAAAAGCAAAAUUGUUGACAAAAGCCUUGAAUUUGAACAAGUCGAUAGAGAAACCAAUUGGGAUGACCAAAUUUUGUUCACUGCACUGUUAUACUACAUAGGAUACAUGAUAUUUCCUAUGGCUUCUAACUUACCAUGGUGGAGAAUAGAUGGUGUGAUUCUUACAGCAAUAUUGCAUGCUGGACCAGUCGAGUUUUUAUACUAUUGGCUUCAUAGAGCACUUCAUCAUCAUUAUCUAUACUCUCGUUAUCAUUCUCACCAUCAUUCUUCAAUUGUCACUGAGCCUGUCACUUCUGUGGCACACCCAUUUGCCGAGCAUUUGUCAUAUUUUACACUUUUUGCUAUACCAAUGUUAACAACAUUGUUCAUCAAAAAAUCAUCUGUGGCUGCACUAUAUGGCUAUGUCUUUUUCAUUGAUUUCAUGAACAAUAUGGGUCAUUGCAACUUUGAGUUCUUUCCUAAGAAGCUCUUCUCAUACUUUCCCCAAUUGAAGUAUCUCUCUUACACACCAUCGUUUCACUCAUUACAUCACACUAAAUUCAGGAGAAAUUACUCACUUUUUAUGCCAAUGUAUGACUACAUUUAUGGUACGGUAGAUAAAUCCACAGAUGUUAUAUAUGAAACCUCAUUGAUGAGACCAAAGGAGUCACCAGAUGUGGUCCACUUAACACAUUUAACAACAUUUAAUUCCAUCUAUCAAUUACGUUUAGGCUUUGCUUCAUUAGCAUCCAACCCUCAAACAUCUAAAUGGUACCUACAUUUAAUGUGGCCCUUUACAAUGUUCUCUAUGCUUAUGACUUGGAUUUGUGGACGUGCCUUUGUUUUAGAAAGCAACUCCUUCAAGAAUCUCAAGUUGCAAUGUUGGCUUAUACCAAGAUUUAAAAGACAAUAUUUCUCCAAAUGGCAGAGCAAAACAUUUAACAACUUGAUUGAAGAGGCAAUUGUGGAGGCUGAGUUAAAUGGAGCAAAGGUGAUAAGUCUAGGACUUUUUAAUAAGAAUCAUCAGCUUAAUGAACGCCAUGAACAUUAUAUUGGAAGGUUACCACAAUUGAAGAUAAAAGUUGUAGAUGGAAGUAGCCUAGCUGCUGCAACUGUGUUGAACAACAUUCCCAAAGGGACAAAUCAAGUGCUUCUUCGAGGCAAGUUCAAUAAGGUUGCGUUUGUCAUCGCUAAUGCUUUAUGCAAGAAAAAUGUACAGGUAGUUGUGUUAUAUAAGGAUGAGCUUAAAGAGCUUGAACAAAGGAUCAACACGUCAAAAGGAAACUUGGCUCUUUCACCAUUCAAUACACCAAAGAUAUGGCUAGUUGGAGAUGAAUGGGAUGAAUAUGAGCAAAUGGAAGCACCGAAAGGAUCAUUAUUCAUACCAUUUUCUCAUUUCCCUCCAAAGAAAAUGCGAAAAGAUUGCUUCUACCACUAUACACCAGCAAUGAUUACUCCUACUACAUUCAUGAAUUCACACUCUUGUGAGAAUUGGCUUCCAAGAAGAGUUAUGAGUGCAUGGCGUAUUGCUGGAAUAAUUCAUGCCUUAGAAGGAUGGAAUGUUCAUGAAUGUGGUGACACUAUACUUAGCACUGAGAAAGUUUGGGAAGCAAGUAUUCGUCAUGGUUUCCAACCUCUGAAGAAUAUCCUCACAAAUUAACCAAGUGUGACAAAUGGGUUUACAUUAUUGAUAUACAUUCUUCUUGUUUGAGUUAUCAAAGUUUGUUUUUCAUUAUCAAAACAUGAAGGUUGACCGGAGUUUUUGAACUCUAAGAUUUCCAUGUAUGUUCUAAAAAACCAUGUAUGCUAUUUAAAUUUAAGAUGUUUUGAAA